AUGUUGGCGAUCGCAGAUAACUCAUUACGUCUGGUAAAUUUCUGUUUUAUGGUGAUUACCAUGGCAUUUAUUGCACAAUUAUUGAAUACAAGACAGGGGCAUAAUUCGGCAAGAGUAAACUACUGUAUGUUUGCAGUCGCUUUUGGUAUUCUAACAGACUCAAUUUACGGUCUAUUUGCAAAUUUCUUCGAACAAUUAGCAUGGCCUAUAAUUUUAUUCGUUUUUGAUUUUCUAAAUUUUGUUUUCUUCUUCACAGCAGGUACUGUAUUGGCAGUCGGUAUUAGAGCACACAAUUGUAACAAUGAAGCAUAUAGAAACAGUAACAAGAUCGUCAGAGGAUCUGAAACAAGAUGUAGAGUAGCACAGGCCGCCGUUGCAUUCUUCUAUUUCUCAAUGGCAAUUUUCCUCGUUAAAGGUGUCUUUUCCAUUAUGAAAGCUAUAAGUGAAGGUCCAUUUGGCUCUGGUUCUUCAUUCGGUUUCGGUUCAAGAAGAAAGAGAAGAUCGGCUGGAACCGGUGUUCCAACUACUUCUACUGGUGUACCAACAGUAUCUGAAGUUUAA